AUGGCGACUCCAUCCUCUCCAUCUAAUCCGGUGCCGGAUCAAAUGGUCACCGUCAAGGUUCUCUACAAUGACAGUAACCGUCGCUUCAAGCUCCCUUUGAAAGAGCUCAAGGCUCAGGUGUUCCCUCAACAGCUCCGUACCCUCCUCGGCGUUCCGGUAGAUGUCAACGUCAUCCUUGAACGUUAUUCCGACAGCGCCGGCUCCUACAUUCGAUUGGACUGUGACAAUGUCGCAGUCUACAAACAACUGUAUCGGGCUGCCAAGGCAAAGUCUAAGCUCAAAAUUAAGGUCACAAAGGUCACUGUCCCCAUUUCCACCGUCGAGCCCAAGGUGCCGUUGGAGACCUCGGCACCGGCCGAAGAGCCCUCUGCACCGGCCGAAGAGCCCUCUGCACCAGAGGAGACUCGAAACAGUUUCCUAGACACCGUUAUGAGCCCGGCUUAUCACCAGGCUCGCACCAACAACCUCUCUAUCCUCAACGCAACCGAACCCCCCAAAGAGCUUCCUCUUGGUCAGCCUCGUUACCGCACCUUCGAGGUGGAUCAAGAGAAGCACCACUUCCCCCUUGUCUCUCACAACUCCGUCAAUGGAAUGUUCUGCAUUGACUGCAACAACUGCGGUCGCUCCAUUGCAAACGAACACUACCACUGCAGUAUUUGUGAGAACGGAGACUACGACAUGUGCCCUCGUUGUGUCGAAGACGGAGCCUCCUGCAACGGUGAUGGCCACUGGCUGAUCAAGAGAUUCGUUCAGGAUGGUGUCGUUACCAAUAGCACUACCGAGACCAUUGCUCCUCGCAACCAGUUUCCAGUUAAGUCUGAGGUGAUUACCAAGUCUCAUGUCCCCGUGAAGACUGAGCUUGUCCAGACUCAGGCUCUUCCUGAUUCCAUCCCUGAGCCGGUUCUCAAGUUGGAUGUGAAGCCUGUGGAUUCUUCAGAUGCUGCAGCCCAGGGGGAGGAGAAGCCCAUGUGCAAUGGCUGCUGUCGUGAGGCUGAUGGCAGCUAUCUCGUCCGCUGCAAUGACUGCGAAGACUAUGACUUGUGUCUCCGUUGUCUCCUCAGGAACAAACACGGUCACCACCCUGGUCACACCUUCCACCUUGGCUCUGACCGCAACUUCUCCUUGAAAGAUCUGAUCACUUCUCGCUGCCUCCCUGGUCGUCAGUUCCGACACGCCGCUGUAUGUGAUGGUUGUGACAAGCGUAUUGUUGGCGUCCGUCACAAGUGCCUGGCUUGCCCCGACUGGGACUUCUGCCCGGAGUGCAUCGCUAAAGCACCGGAGAACCACCCUGGUCACCGCUUCGUCAAGGUGUAUGAUGCUAUUGGUGAGGCUCCUCGUGAGCAUGAAAUCCACUAUGGCAUCUUCUGUGACGGUCCUCUGUGCAAGAACAAGCCUGCUCAAAGCUACAUCAGUGGCGUUCGCUACAAGUGUGCUGUCUGUCAUGACUGCGACUUCUGUGCCAGUUGCGAGGCUCUCCCAACUGACCACCACAACCGCACUCACCCGCUGGUUAAGUUCAAGACUCCUGUCCGCAGCGUGACUGUGAGCACUCUAGGCGAUGACGGCUCCAAGGCAGGCUUUGCUCUGGGCGAUCGUUGCCAAGCCCGGACUUGGGAAAAUGCUGCCAUUGAUGAGCAGGAGCCUGUGGAAGUGGCUGCCAAGUCCGUGGAGAUGCCCAAGCCCUUCAAGCCUGAAGUUGAAGCUGCCUCAGUUCUUGGUGCACGGGACUACAAUGCCGAGUUCCUCAAGGAUACUAUUGAGGACGGCACAACUAUGAAGCCAGGCAAUGUCUUCUCCCAAACCUGGACCCUUGUCAACAACGGUCAUGCCGCAUGGCCUGUUGGCUGUGACGUGCGUUACGUCGGUGGCGAUGCCAUGUUCGACGUUGACACCAGCCACCCCUCUGACACCAUGUCUCUUUACUCGGCACAACAAAGCAAUAAGCUGUUGGCUCCUGUGGAGCCCGGUCAAUCUGCUGAAUUCACCGUGAAACUUCGCGCUCCCGAGCGUGAUUGCCACGUUACUUCUUACUGGCGGUUGAAGCUUCCCAACGGCAUGGCUGUUGGCCACAGCCUGUGGUGCGAGAUCAAGGUGCAGGAGCCUGUUCCUGUCGUGGCCGAGGAGUCACCCGUGUCUGAGAUUGGCGGAAGUGGCAUGAUCUUCCCCAAGCUGGAGAAGGAGUCCCCUGAGUCCAGCACCAUUCAAGAGGCCCCUGCCCCCCAAACACCCACUCUGUCCAACUCCUCUGAAGCUGAUGUUGAGGAUGUGGAGAGCCUGGCUCUUGACGACGCCAGCACUGACGCCGGCUUCCUGACCGACGAGGAAUAUGACGUUCUCGACGCCAGCGACCAGGAGUUCUUGGAGGCGCAGCAGUCUGCACAUUAG